AUGGCUGCAGAAGAGUUUUCGCUGCCGUAUGUGGACACUGAGCUGGAGGCCGGGGCGGGGGUGGUGGAUGCCGAGCUGGCAGCCGAGUAUGCGGCGGUGCCGUAUGAUGCACAGGCGUACGCGGCAGCACUGCCUCCACUGCCAGCAUGCAUGGAGAACGGCGGCGGAGGUGCGGUGGCGCUUGAGCCGCGGCUGGACUUGUCGCGGUACUCGGUGCCGGAGCCGGCGACGGCCGAGGAGGUCGGGCCGGCCGUGGGAAACGCGGCGGCGGUGCUGGAGAUUGCCGGGGCGCGGCUGAUGAACGCCGAGCUGGGCAAAGAGCACGCGGUGGGCGAGUGGAAGGCGGCGGUGGAGCAGAAAGAGGCGUUGAUUGAUGCCAUGACGGCGGCACUGAAGCGAGUGGAGGAGGAGGACGAGAAGGUGAACCGGGCGCGGGCCGAGGCGCAGCUGGCCAAGGCCGGCAAGAUCCGCGGGCUGGAGAGCGAGUAUCAACAGCUGGUGAUGAAGAACGCCGCCAUUGCUGAAGCCGUGGACAACCUUCGCGAGCGAAUGGUGGGUGUGGCGCCCAAGUUCAAGACACUGUAUGUGUUCGAGUCGCCGGUGGCCACUCUGGUGGAGAUCAAGCGGACGGACGCACCAGCACAUGUCACCGACAAGGGCCUCAUCUACCAUUGGGUGGUCAUCGGUGGAGCGCAGGCCGGCGAGGCUGGACCCGGGCCGGUCUCCGCGCCGCAGCAGGUAGUCAAGAUGACGUUCGAGGCCAUGCCGUCGGCGACGUCGCGAACGUUUGGCGAAGCGUUUCUGGAAAUGGCCAGCGACUUUAGCAGCGCACACCUGCGUUUCCGGGUCGCCGGCGCCCAGACGAUCGACCUUGUCGCGCGGCAGGGGCUCGACGAUCUGUCGUCGAUGAUUGUGGCUGCGUGGCUCUCGCAAAUGCCCUGGCCGGCAAGCGAGUGA